AUGAAAGAGAAUGUGAAGAAAGCUAUUGAGCAGUUGAUGGAACAAGGUGGGGAUGAAGAACGCAGAAGGAAGAGAGCUAGAGAGAUAAAAGAGAUGACUCAUAAAGCAGUUGAAGAUGUAAAAUAUUGCAACAACUUUGACAUUGUCAAGUGA